AUGGAGAGGGAAGAGCAGGUACAGGAAGCCAUAUCUUUCCCAUUUAGCCGACAAAUCCGCCUCAACGUCGGUGACUCACUGCGACUCGAAUGUCCCAUUUGGGGUUCGGGGCCCGCGCAUAAAGGUCCCACGGAUCCCAAUGCAGCCUUAUUUCUAGACGGAACUGGCGCUGGUGAGGAGGAUGUAAUGUAUCAAUGGAAUAUUCGCAACAUUCCAGACUACUCACUGGCUAUGAACCCCCGAUUCCGCUUUUCUGAAAGUGGCCGUGUCGUCCAACUGACAGGUCCCGUCACAAAGGAAGAUGCUGGGGUUUACCACUGCUCUGGAGUCACAGGCUUUGGUCGAAAGGAGGUGACCUUUGAGGUCUACGUGGCAGACUCAAACGUCGACCUGCUCUGCGCGAAAACCGAUGGACACGGCAACAAUCCUCAAAAUAUGCUCUGUUUUGUGGAUCCCAACAUGCGCAUCAAUAAGGUAACCACAGUUGAGGCUCUGUUGGGCACAUCCGUAGACUUGAACUGCGAGGCCAUGGGCGCCCCGCCAAUUAAGUACCUCUGGUUCAUGGGAUCAUCUGUGGCCGACUGGAUCUCCGGUGGACAGGAUGUGCGUGGGCCGCGAUUGCACAUACCGAAAGUUGGCCGAGAGCAUACUGGUCACUACACCUGCCAAGUCCGAAAUGCAGCCGGAACGCUCAAUUACACUUACAGGGUCACUGUCAAAGAACCCCCAUCUGCGAUCCCGACCAUCAUCGGAGGUCUGAAAAAUCAAACGCUCUUCAGUGGUGGUAGCGGUAUGCUCACCUGCCAGGUGAAGUGCUCAUGCGCGGAACCUAUAAUUCAGGUGAGUCAAGUAGAUACAUAUCUGAACACCAAGAUGCUGUGUCAAACUUGUCUACCGGAGACUGCCAGCAUUUUAUCAUGUGUUAUAUGUGUUGCAGAGAAUUUUCGUUGCAAGGCCUAA